UGGAAAAACGGCAGGAAGGUGCGGAGACUCUGGAGCUGAGCGCUGACGGACGCCCGGUGACGACGCAGACCCGGGACCCGCCGGUGGUGGACUGCACCUGCUUUGGCCUCCCUCGCCGAUACAUUAUCGCCAUCAUGAGUGGCCUGGGCUUCUGCAUCAGCUUUGGCAUCCGCUGCAACCUGGGCGUGGCCAUCGUGUCCAUGGUCAACAACAGCACUACCCACCGCGGGGGCCACGUGGUGGUGCAGAAAGCCCAGUUCUCCUGGGAUCCAGAGACUGUUGGCCUCAUACAUGGCUCCUUUUUCUGGGGCUACAUUGUCACUCAGAUUCCUGGAGGAUUUAUAUGCCAAAAAUUCGCAGCCAACAGGGUUUUCGGCUUUGCUAUUGUGGCCACUUCCACGCUAAACAUGCUGAUCCCGUCGGCCGCUCGUGUCCACUAUGGCUGUGUCAUCUUCGUGAGGAUCCUGCAGGGGUUGGUAGAGGGGGUCACAUACCCCGCGUGCCACGGGAUCUGGAGCAAAUGGGCCCCACCCUUAGAACGGAGUCGCUUGGCCACGACAGCCUUUUGCGGUUCCUAUGCUGGGGCGGUAGUUGCCAUGCCUCUCGCUGGGGUCCUGGUUCAGUAUUCAGGAUGGAGCUCUGUUUUCUACGUCUAUGGCAGCUUCGGGAUCUUCUGGUACUUGUUUUGGUUGCUUGUCUCCUACGAGUCCCCUGCCCUGCACCCCAGCAUCUCAGAGGAGGAACGCAAGUACAUCGAGGAUGCCAUUGGGGAGAGCGCCAAGCUCAUGAACCCCCUCACGAAGUUUAACACCCCCUGGCGGCGCUUCUUCACGUCCAUGCCAGUCUACGCCAUCAUCGUGGCCAACUUCUGCCGCAGCUGGACAUUCUACCUGCUCCUCAUCUCCCAGCCCGCCUAUUUUGAAGAAGUGUUCGGCUUCGAGAUCAGCAAGGUGGGCCUGGUUUCGGCGCUGCCCCACCUGGUCAUGACCAUCAUCGUGCCCAUCGGCGGCCAGAUCGCCGACUUCCUGCGGAGCCGCCGCAUCAUGUCCACCACCAAUGUGCGCAAACUGAUGAACUGCGGCGGCUUUGGCAUGGAAGCCACACUUCUGCUGGUGGUCGGCUACUCUCACUCCAAGGGAGUCGCCAUCUCCUUCCUGGUUCUCGCCGUGGGCUUCAGCGGCUUCGCCAUCUCGGGGUUCAACGUGAACCACCUGGACAUCGCCCCGCGCUACGCCAGCAUACUCAUGGGCAUCUCCAACGGCGUGGGCACACUGUCGGGCAUGGUGUGCCCCAUCAUCGUGGGUGCCAUGACCAAGCACAAGACGCGGGAGGAGUGGCAGUAUGUCUUCCUCAUUGCUUCCCUGGUGCACUACGGGGGCGUCAUCUUCUACGGGGUCUUCGCUUCCGGAGAGAAGCAGCCAUGGGCCGAGCCAGAGGAGAUGAGCGAGGAGAAGUGUGGCUUUGUUGGCCACGACCAGCUGGCUGGCAGUGACGAGAGUGAAAUGGAGGAUGAGGCCGAGCCCCCCGGGGCUCCUCCUGCCCCACCUCCUUCCUAUGGGGCCACACACAGCACAGUUCAGCCCCCAAGGCCCCCACCCCCUGUCCGGGACUACUGACCGUGUGCCUCCCACUAAAUGGCAGUUCCAGGACCUCCUCCAUACAACUCUCUGGCCUGAAUGACAGUGUCAAGGGACCCCCCAGUCCUCUCUGUUCUGCUUCGGGCCUAAGAAGUACUCUUCCUUGUUCCCAGUGCUGUCAAAACCUCUUCCCUUCCCAACUGCCUCUCAGGGGUAGUGAAGCCACAGUCUGAUGGUUUUAAGGACACCCGAAUUCCCUAAAGUUUCCCUUCUCAGUUUGUGCUGCCUCAGUGGUUUCAAAUCUCUCCUUUCAGGGCUUUAUUUGAAUGGACAGUUCAACCUUGUACUGUGUGGUUUUGAGGCAACUUCCUCUUUCCUCUCACCCAGGGAUUCUCAGGGUGAUCCCUGAGAUUACUCAGUGCCCCUCUCAGAAAAAUUUAAGGCCCUCCUCUAGAAGUUCCAAAUCUCUCCUGACUCUCUCUUGCAUCUUCCAGGUUGGAUUAACCUAUCACCCAUCCCCGCCAUUCCAGGGAUUGAUUCUCACCAGCGUUUCUGAGGGAAAAUGGCGGUUUCAAGCCCCCCUCCCCCCAGCAGGUUCUGCUGAAGCACCAGGUUUCCCCAUCUUAUCCCUAGCUUUGUGCCACGCCUAGGGAAAACAACCAAAAUGGUCAUUUCAAUAAUAUGCCUCUCUCCACCCCAUGCACUUUCUCUGACACAGUUUUCAGGUCUAAAUAGUGGCUGUUCAAGUCUAUUAAUUCAGUGGUUUGAAACCACCACCUUUGAACUUCCCCCUGGUGGUUUCUAGAUGCCCCUCUUCUGCCCAAUUCCUUGCACUUUAUUCUCCCGGGUAGUUUCAGACUACCCUCAGUUUCUCAGUGGCCAUUUGUUGUGUCCCGAAGGGGCUAAAUGAUGUAAAAGUCUGGGGUUCUUCCCCUCUCACACAACCCCCCUUCAGCCUAGAAAUUGGGAACAUAGGUAGAAGUCACAGAAUCCCAGGAAAGAGAAGGGGGAUGGGGAGAGGGGUGUUUAUCCUUGGGCAGGGCUGUGUCUUGGUGUCUCUGUCUCUGUGACUGUAAAUCCUGCCCAGCCCCACUCACAAUAAAAAACUUUGGUGUA